AUGCAGGCUCAGGGGGUCCCAUGGGGGUGCUACCUCCCAGACCACCCAUUCCAUUCUAUCCUGGGCCAAGGGAAACUCAAUGGACCUGGGAGAAGCUCUCCCGGAGGUACUUGGGCCGAAGAGCGGAGCUAUCGGGGGAAGACCAUCCGCCGGGUCUUCAUUUCAGGGACCAGAGGGAGCGGCGAGGAGAGGAGGCCCCUGGACCAGCUCCUGCAGGAGGAGGGGAGGACCUACGGGGACCUCCUGCAGUGGGACUUCACCGACUCCUUCUACAACCUGACACUGAAGCAGCUGCUGUUCCUGGACUGGUUCCAGACCCGGUGUCGCCGCUGCCGCUUCCUGAUGAGCGGAGACGACGACAUCUUCGCCAACACCGACAACAUGGUGGAGUUUCUGCUCAGUCGCCACGACAACGACGGAGACCAGCCCCUGUUCGUGGGUGGGUCCGAUAGUUCUGGAUGA